GGACGGAGAACCAGUCAGACUUGCAGGAACGUGUUAAAAAUGGCUGACGAGGCAGAGACAACAGAAACAGAACAACCCAUUCAAAACGACGUCGUUGAGCAGGUUCCAGGAACAGAGGGCAUACCAGACGGCUUUGGUGAUGGAGCUAAAGGUUUUCGCGGCGGAUUUGGAGGACCGCCGCGUGGUAGGGGAUUUCCAAGAGGUCCAAGGCCACCAUUUAAUGGCAGACCAGGGGGACCACCCAGAUUUCGAGGUCCGCCCGGGCCACCGGGCAUGCGCGGACCGCCUGGAAUGAGAGGGCCACCACCAGGAAUGCGAGGACCCCCCAGACCUCCACCUUAUGGCAGACCCCCAUUUGACCCUAAUUAUGGACCACCAGGCAUGGGGGGACCGCCACCCCCAGGAAUGGGACCACCAGGAAUGGGGCCUCCCGGUAUGGGGCCGCCGGGUAUGGGGCCACCCCCAGGAAUGCGCCCAAUGAUGCCCCCACCUGGAAUGCCUCCGCCGGGAAUGCCACCCCCAAAUUUCUCAGUUCCACCACCGGGAUUCCCCCAGUCAUCACUUGCACCCCCAGGAACAGGUGGUGAGGAGCUGUGGGUGGAAACGAAAACAGGAGAAGGAAAGGCUUACUACUACAAUGCCAGAACUAGGGAGUCUGCUUGGACUAAACCAGAGAAUGUGAAAAUCAUCACCCAGGCUGAGGUUGAGGCGAUGGCUGCCCAACAGACUGGCACACCCACAAACACUGGGAUAACAGCUGGACAGGGCCAGACAUCCCAGCCCUCAGCUGUCAAUGGAGAGCAACCUCCAGGUUUCAGCAGCCCAAUGAUGGCCCCAGGAUUUACACCACCCUUCUUACAGCACAACCAGACCAACAACCAGGGCAUGGGGGAGGACAUGCAGCAGCAGGUGCCUGAGGCAGUGGCUGCUCACAAGCUUCCCACCACACAGCUGCCCCCCAAACCUCCAGAAGUGGCUGAGUGGUCAGAACACAAAAAUGCAGAUGGACGGUCAUACUACUACAACGCGGUCAAGAUGGAGUCAACGUGGGACAAACCUCAGGUCCUAGUGGAGUGGGAAGCCAAGAUUGCAGCUUUACAACAGCCCCAGCAGACAGUGGCCUCCCCUGAAGACAGUGGAGAGGGCAGCAUUGUUCCCACCCUGGAGACUCCUGAAGAAGUGGCCAUGGAAACCAAUGAGAAAGAGGUCGAGGAAGAGGUAAAGAAGGAAGAACCAGAGGAGAAAACAGAGGAACAAAAGAAUGUGGACAAAUCACGGCCAGUGUCCAGUACACCUGUAUCCGGGACACCAUGGUGUGUGGUAUGGACAGGAGAUGGGAGAGUUUUCUUCUAUAACCCGAGUCAGCGUGCUUCCCUGUGGGAGAAACCGGAGGAGCUGAUUGGACGGGCGGACGUGGACAAGAUGAUACAGGGACCCCCAGACAGCAACAAGGGAGCAGGGAAAGAAGAGGAGGAGCCCCCAGCCAAGAAGUCCAAGAUGGAGCCGGAGGAGCCCGAGGAGAAGAAGGAUGGGGGGAAGGGGACAAUCGACGUAGGUAAGGAGGCGGCCAUUGAGGCGGAGGUCCAGGCCGCGCGACAGAGGGCCGUCGUCCCGCUCGAGAUCCGCAUGAAGCAGUUCCGGGACAUGCUAGCUGAGAAGGAGGUGUCUGCAUUUUCCACAUGGGAGAAAGAGCUCCACAAGAUCGUGUUUGACCAGCGCUACCUACUUCUGACGUCCAAGGAGAGGAAGCAAGUAUUUGAGCAGUACGUCAAGGAGCGGGCCGAAGAGGAGAGGCGGGAAAAACAUCGGAAACUCCGCGAAAAGAAGGACUCAUUCCGUCAACUUCUUGAGGAGGCCAAGCUCCAUGGAAAGUCAUCCUUCAGUGAAUUUGCCUCAAAGUACGGGAAAGACGAACGAUUCAAAGGCAUAGAGAAAAUGCGGGAACGAGAGAGCAUUUUCAGUGAUUACUGCUCGGACCUGCGACGGAAGGAGAAAGAGGAAAAAUCGAGUCAGAAAGAAAAGUUGAAGUCGGACUUUAUCCAACUCCUUAAGGAAACUUCGGAUAUAGAUCGCCACUCGCGAUGGAGUGAGAUAAAACGCAAGAUUGACUCUGAUUCUCGCUAUAAAGCGGUAGAUAGUAGUUCUCGUCGGGAGGACUGGUUCAAAGAUUACGUCAGAAAGUUAGAAGAUAAACGUGACAAAGACAAAGAUAAAGACAAGGACAAAGAGAGAGAUAGAGAGAAGGACAGAGACAAGGAUAGAGAGAGGGAUGAGGAUUCUGAUGAUGAAAGAAAGGAGAGAGAGAAACAAGAGAAACAGGAGAGAAUCGAGGCCAGUAUACGGAAGAGGACAGAGGAGGUGGAGCGGUCACUGUCCAGUUCCCUGAGGGAGAGGGACAAGGAGAGGGAGCAGCACAAAAAGGACGAGGCGGUCCAGCUGUUCAACGCCCUACUGGUUGACCUGGUACGUAACUCAGAAGCCAGCUGGCGGGAUACUCGUAAACAGCUGAGGAAAGAUCACCGCUGGGAGCUGGCCGAGUUACUGGACCGUGAAGAGAAGGAGAAGAUCUUUGAGGAACACAUUGAGAGUUUGUUCAAGCGGAACAAGGAGAUGUUCCACAAGCUGCUGGAUGAGACCAAUAUAAGUCUGGUAGCAGGAUGGAAGGAGGUGAAAAAAGUCAUCAAAGAAGACCCACGAUACUCCAAGUUUUCUUCUAGUGACAGAAAGAGAGAGAAAGAGUUCAGUGAUUAUAUGCAUGAGAAGUAUGUCCAAGCCAAAGCGGAUUUCCGAGAACUACUGAAAGAGACCAAGCUAAUCACAUACAAAUCCAAGAAGUUGAUAGAGGAAAGUGACUCUCAUCUGAAGGAUAUUGAGAAGAUUUUAGAGAACGACAAGCGUUACCUGGUUCUGGACUGUGCGCCCGAGGAACGAGCCAAGAUCUUGCUGGCCUACGUGGAGGAUCUACACAGGCGGGGGGUCCCGCCCCCACCCACAGCCUCGGAACCCUCCCGACGGUCCACCAAGUGAACGGGGACUGUCACACACCGGGGGGAUAUGUGUUCAUUGGUCGGGAGACUAGCCACAGAUCAUGUGAUUGGUCGUUAAAGUUUUAGACGACUGUUGAUGAAAUAGACAGAAUUCAUUUUUAUAUAUCAAAUCAUUUACAUUUUACCAAAAGAAAAUCCAUUUAUUUGUUGUCAUUUUAUGGUUUUUAAUAAUUGUAGAAAAUAAAUACCAGAGUGGUUAUACUGUU